AUGGCCGAAGACGAACCUUCCCCGACUCAGCGAGCCUCGCAAGAUGCCGGCUACGACGCGCCAGAAAAUUAUGAAAACCUCAAUGAAUUAGCUGCUUCUCCUGAUAGGAUUUUCCCCGGAGAGCGUAUUCCCCAGGGAGAAGCAAGACGCGAGAGUCUAGUCCGCUCGAUAUCCGAAGCCUCACAAGCAUCCCCCAGAAGAGCUCGAAAUGUUCGCCGCCAGUCGCGGGAAGGAGACAAUUAUAUGUUGGCAGAUAAUUAUGCCAACCUAGACGAAUUAGCUGCAUCCCCACCAAUCGAAAAUCCGGAUGAAAAUUCAAUUUAUUUCCAUAGAUCUCUGGAAGAUACAAGGGAUCAAGAGCGGAGAUAUAAAAAGGAUCAGGAGGCGGAAAGGAGAGCAUCGAUUUCACGGGGACAGGAGCCUAAACAGGACGAAGACGAAAAGCGGAAGGAUGCACGGAAGGUCUCGAAAUUUGCAACUAAAUUAUACACUGUAUCGUACCUAAUCCUUUUCUCCUUCUUGGGCACACUCGCUCGACUUGGUCUCCAGGCUAUCACAUCUUAUCCCGGGUCGCCGAUUAUCUUCAGCAUUCUGUGGGCGAACUUUGCAGGAAGUCUUGUUAUGGGAUUUCUGAGUGAGGAUCGGAUGCUCUUCAGAGAAGAAUGGGGAGAUCCUGACUAUGACCGCCAAAUCCAAAACGCUAUGAAGAGAGAUCAAGACGAAGAGAUCGGUUCUGCUAGCGGGCCGGGAAUUGACGUGAAAGCUGCGAAGAAGAUGCAUGCGGCAACGAAGAAGACCAUUCCAUUAUAUAUUGGACUAGCAACUGGAUUCUGUGGCUGCUUCACGUCUUUCUCUACAUUUAUUCGAGACGCCUUCUUGGCAAUGUCAAAUGAGCUCCUUACUCCUGGUUCUACAGUUGCAGCCCAGCGGAACGGUGGCUAUUCCUUCAUGGCUUUACUUGCUGUGAUUAUUGCCACUCUUACAAUGUGCAUAUCAGCUCUACACAUCGGUGCUCACCUCGCCAUUGUCUCGGAGCCAUUUAUCCCAACCUUGCCAUUCACAUUCUGUCGGAAGGUUCUUGACCGUAUUGGUGUGGUCCUGGCUUGGGGCUGUUGGCUUGGGGCCGUCCUCCUUGCUAUCUUCCCGCCACACGACAUCUGGCGAGGAGAGGCAGUUUUUGCGUUAGUGUUUGCGCCAUUGGGCUGCCUUGGCCGGUUUUAUGCCUCAACAUAUCUCAACGGGAAAAUAUCUUCCUUCCCUCUUGGGACCUUCCUCGUCAAUACCCUUGGAACAAUCAUCUUGGGGAUGGCUUAUGAUCUGCAACGUGUCCCCCUAGGCGCUGUUGUUGGCUGUCAAGUUCUACAAGGCAUAGAAGAUGGUUUUUGCGGUUGCUUGACAACUGUUAGUACCUGGGUUGCUGAGUUGAGCUCAUUGCGGAGGGCUAAUGCUUAUCGGUAUGGCGGUGCCAGCAUCAUCGUGGCACUUUGCUUUCUAAUCGUCAUAAUGGGUUCGAUGCAAUGGACGGUGGGUUUCUCAACAUUGCGGUGCACAACUUAA